CAUAGUUUGCGACUCGCUUGUAAUAUUUCGCUGAGGGUUCAUUUAGCGGUAAAGUGUUAACAGCCAAACCAAAUUUAGUGCUUCGGCAAAAUGUCUUUCCACGACGACGAGUCUUCUGAUCUGGGUCCGGCGGGUCAAUCAAAGUUGGAGAGCUUUCUGUUCAGCUGCGAGCUGUCCUCCAAAGUACCUUUCUACACUUUCCAAGGAGAUGAAGAGGAGGACCUGGAGCACUUCCUUGAACUCAGGACGGUUUGUCUCGGGGAGGGUGCCAAGGAGGAGAGUAAUGUGGUGGAGGUAACGGCCAUGAACCACCAAGGAAAGACUAUUUCAGUGCCCAUCGCUAACCUUCACAUCAGCUGUCUGCCCAUGGUGAGUUUGGGAGAGUUUGAGCUGAAAGCCCCCGUAACCAUUCGGCUGAAGGCUGGGACAGGACCAGUUACCGUCAGCGGGUUACACCUCAUAGCCUCACAGGUUGACGAGUCGGACCUGUCUGAUGAGGACGACGAAGAUGAUGAUGAUGACGAGGAGGAAGAGAUCACUCCCAUUAAACCAGCAAAGAAAAAGCAGAAGCAGUAGGCGGAGAGGUCACUGAUGGGAAAUUAGUAAUGGCCUCGCUCACUCGCUGAUAUGUUUUAGGAAAUAACACAUUUUUUUUGUACCAGAUGGACACAUUUUACAAAUUUAGUGGUUCUUCUGCACAGCCAAGUGAACGCUUAAUGUGGUGGCAGCUGAACUUGCUGUUUGAGGAAAGAACAUCAUGACAGGCUCUGACGUUGGUUUCAGCGGUGUACUUAACCGCAUAAAGGACAUUCACUUAUAGAACUGUUUUUGCCAUUAAAUGCUACCCAGUGUUUUAUACUGUAUAUGAUACAGUCAUCACUGAUGCAGAUUUAUUGCACCGGUGGUGGACAAAGUCUUUUACCACCAGUGGUUUGUGCUAGUGUUUGAAGAUACUGUUCUUGUAAAAGUUUAAAACUCUGUGUGUGUGUGUGUGUGUGUGUGUGUGCGCUUGUGCGCUUGUGCGUGCAUAGCUGAAUGGUGCAAUGAGAUGAUUAACAUACACAGUUUAUUAAAUGUUCUUGGUGCACACGAUAAUCACCAUUUCCAGUUGUUUGUAGUUCCAAAAUGCUGUGUUUUCUAUGUGAGAUGUCAAUCAUAAAUGUGAAGAUUUUGUACCUCUAGUGAAUGCAUCAAGAAAACAUUUGUGUCUUCAUUUGUCAUGCUUUCGAUUUCUGUUAAAUCUAAGCCUAUUAUAUUAAAAUAUUUACAUUUUUUUGAAAUAA